GUGAAGAGACUGUAGAGCAAACAAAUAAAGGCCGAGACUUAGAGAAAGUGAAGAGAGAGAAAGAGAAAUGUCGUCUUGAAUGGGCGAAGAAUUCACAGCCUUCGCCUCUCUCUCAAACCCACUACGCUACGGAUCUGUCUGUAUGUUCUGAUUUUUGAAAACAAAAAAAAAAAAAGCAUUUUGAGGAAACAAACAACAUGGAAGCUAAUGCAGGAUUGGUUGCUGGGUCACACAAGAGGAACGAGCUGGUCCGGAUUCGCCACGAUUCCGAUAGUGGGCCCAAGCCCUUAAAGAAUUUGAAUGGACAAAUAUGUCAGAUCUGUGGGGAUUCAGUUGGCCUUACAGCUACUGGCGAUGUCUUUGUCGCUUGCAAUGAAUGUGCCUUCCCUGUUUGCCGGCCUUGUUAUGAGUAUGAGCGGAAAGAUGGGAACCAGGCUUGUCCCCAGUGCAAGACUAGAUAUAAGAGGCACAAAGGGAGUCCUCGAGUGGAUGGAGAUGAUGAUGAGGAUGAUGUUGAUGAUCUAGAUAAUGAGUUCAAUUACACCCAAGGAAAUAGCAAGGCAAGACGCCAGUGGCAGGGGGAAGAUGCUGAACACUCUUCUUCCUCAAGACAUGAAUCUCAACAACCGAUUCCUCUCCUCACCAAUGGGCAGCCGAUGUCUGGUGAAAUUCCAUGUGUUACACCUGACAACCAAUCUGUGCGAACCACAUCAGGUCCUUUGGGCCCCUCAGAAAAGAAUGUUCAUUCGCUUCCUUAUAUUGACCCAAGACAGCCAGUUCCGGUGAGAAUAGUGGACCCAUCAAAGGACUUGAAUUCUUAUGGCCUUGGAAAUGUUGACUGGAAGGAAAGGGUUGAAGGUUGGAAACUCAAACAGGAUAAAAAUAUGAUGCAGAUGACCAGUAGAUACACUGAAGGGAAGGGAGAUCUGGAAGGCACUGGUUCUAAUGGAGAAGAACUACAAAUGGCUGAUGAUGCUCGGCAACCUUUGAGUCGCGUGGUGCCCAUCGCUUCCUCUCACCUGACACCUUAUCGUGUCGUCAUCAUAUUGCGGCUUAUUAUUUUGGGCUUCUUCUUACAAUACCGUGUUACUCACCCAGUGAAUGACGCGUACCCGUUGUGGCUAACAUCAAUUAUCUGUGAGAUAUGGUUUGCUCUAUCCUGGCUUCUGGAUCAGUUCCCAAAAUGGUUUCCAAUUAACCGUGAGACCUAUCUUGACAGGCUUACAUUGAGAUAUGAUAGGGAAGGAGAACCAUCACAGCUGGCUCCUGUAGAUGUUUUUGUUAGUACCGUGGAUCCCCUAAAAGAGCCUCCUCUUGUAACAGCAAACACCGUUUUGUCCAUACUUGCUGUGGAUUACCCUGUUGAUAAGGUCUCUUGCUAUGUAUCAGAUGAUGGUUCAGCAAUGUUGACCUUUGAAUCCCUUUCUGAAACUGCGGAGUUUGCAAGGAAGUGGGUUCCCUUUUGCAAGAAGCACAACAUUGAGCCUAGGGCCCCCGAGUUUUACUUUUGCCAAAAAAUUGAUUACUUGAAAGACAAAAUACAACCUUCAUUUGUGAAAGAACGCCGGGCGAUGAAGAGAGAAUAUGAAGAAUUCAAGGUACGGAUCAAUGCCCUAGUGGCCAAAGCACAAAAGACACCAGAAGAAGGUUGGACCAUGCAAGAUGGCACUCCAUGGCCUGGAAACAAUCCUAGGGAUCAUCCAGGAAUGAUUCAGGUGUUCUUAGGCCACAGUGGCGGGCUUGAUACUGAUGGGAAUGAGCUACCACGACUUGUUUAUGUUUCUCGUGAAAAGCGACCUGGCUUCCAGCAUCACAAGAAGGCUGGAGCAAUGAAUGCAUUGAUCCGAGUUUCUGCUGUCCUAACCAAUGGUGCAUAUCUCCUGAAUGUUGACUGUGAUCACUACUUUAAUAACAGCAAAGCUCUUAAAGAAGCCAUGUGUUUCAUGAUGGAUCCUGCUUAUGGAAAGAAGACAUGUUAUGUACAGUUCCCACAGCGUUUUGAUGGCAUUGACUUGCAUGAUCGAUAUGCUAACCGCAAUAUUGUCUUCUUCGAUAUCAACUUGAAAGGGCUGGAUGGCAUCCAGGGUCCAGUCUAUGUGGGAACUGGUUGCUGUUUCAACAGGCAAGCUCUAUAUGGGUAUGAUCCAGUUUUAACCGAGGAAGAUUUGGAACCAAACAUUAUUGUCAAGAGCUGUUGUGGUUCUAGAAAGAAGGGAAAGAAUGGCAAUAAGAAAUACAUUGACAAGAAGAGGGCAUUAAAAAGAACUGAAUCCACUAUUCCCAUUUUCAACAUGGAAGACAUUGAGGAGGGUGUUGAGGGGUAUGAUGAUGAGAGAUCGCUUCUUAUGUCUCAGAAGAGCUUAGAGAAGCGUUUUGGUCAGUCUCCAGUUUUUAUUGCAGCCACCUUCAUGGAACAAGGAGGCAUUCCACCUUCAACCAACCCUGCGACCCUUUUAAAGGAAGCAAUCCAUGUUAUCAGCUGUGGAUAUGAAGACAAGACUGAAUGGGGAAAAGAGAUUGGAUGGAUCUAUGGUUCUGUCACAGAAGAUAUUUUAACUGGGUUUAAGAUGCAUGCUCGUGGUUGGAUCUCAAUCUAUUGCAUGCCUCCCCGCCCGGCAUUUAAGGGGUCUGCUCCAAUCAAUCUUUCUGAUCGGUUGAACCAGGUUCUUCGAUGGGCCUUGGGAUCAAUUGAGAUUUUGCUGAGUAGGCAUUGCCCCUUGUGGUAUGGCUACAAUGGGAGACUGAAGCCUUUGGAGAGACUGGCAUACAUUAAUACUAUUGUGUAUCCCCUUACCUCAAUCCCACUUAUUGCGUACUGUAUGCUUCCUGCGUUUUGCCUUCUCACUAACAAAUUCAUCAUUCCUGAGAUAAGUAAUUUUGCUAGCAUGUGGUUUAUUCUCCUCUUUGUCUCCAUUGCUGCUACUGGAAUUCUUGAGCUUAGGUGGAGUGGGGUCAGUAUAGAGGACUGGUGGAGGAAUGAACAAUUCUGGGUCAUUGGUGGUACAUCAGCUCAUCUCUUUGCAGUCUUCCAAGGGCUCUUGAAGGUGCUUGCUGGGAUUGACACUAACUUCACUGUCACUUCAAAGGCAUCUGAUGAAGAUGGGGACUUUGCAGAGCUUUAUGUGUUCAAAUGGACAUCACUUCUCAUCCCUCCAACCACAGUCCUUAUUAUCAACUUGGUAGGUAUUGUUGCUGGUGUUUCAUAUGCCAUAAACAGUGGAUAUCAGUCUUGGGGUCCCCUCUUCGGCAAGCUGUUCUUUGCCAUAUGGGUCAUUGCCCAUCUGUAUCCAUUCUUGAAGGGUUUGUUGGGCAGGCAGAAUCGUACCCCAACAAUUGUCAUUGUCUGGUCUAUACUUCUUGCUUCCAUAUUCUCCUUAUUAUGGGUGCGGAUCGACCCCUUCAUCUCCAGCUCAGCAAGGGCUGCCGCGAAUGGUCAAUGUGGCAUUAACUGUUAGUUCAUUUCAGGACCAUUUUCUUGUGGUAUAUGCCAUCUCUCUUAUUGAAGCUCGCUGUGUACAUAACAAGAAAUUCAGGUAUCAAAAUCUUCAACAUAUUCCCCUCACGAUAAAAGAAAAAAAUUGUUGUCAAAGUUACGUUCUGUAAGGGAGUUUGAUAGAGCAAAACCUGAGAGAAAACCCUUUGGUAUGUUGUCUGAUGUUGUCAUUAUUGUGUAGUAUUGUGAUGAAUUCUGUCAGGAGCAUAUAGAAACUAUUUAUGCAAAGUGCUUACAGUACUUCAAAAGAAACAAGUUUGUUAUUCUUUGGUGUCUUAGAUAUUAUUAUUUGGUAUGAUGUGGAAUAAAAAUUAAGUUAUGAAUUAUUCAUCAUAUAUCAGAGUAAAGAGAUUGGCUUGAAGGGAUUA